AUGGGAUAGAGUUGUUGCAACAAGUAAACUGUAGAAUUGAGUAAUGAAUAAAUGACAGAUUGGUGUUAAAAUAUCGAGGGUGUUAAUUUUUGUGAAAAUUUGGAUGAUAUUAUUCACUCAAAUGACUUUAAUUCUAAUCAUGGCAGAAUACUGAGCUCCCAAAUAAUAUUUACAUUUUAACAGUAGCCACCUCCUACUCUAUCGUAAGAGAGUAGUUGUUACGAAAAAAUGAACAGUAUUUAAAAGUAAAAUUUGGACGAGGACAGUCCCACUUUCAAGGGUCAGAGAUGCUUAUUGUCGGAGAAAUGA